AUGGAGUCUUUUGCAAACAAUUCUCCUUCUUCCAAUCCUGCGGUACUUAAUGCUGGUGCUCCGCUGUCUACUCAGCCAACUUCUCCAACAUUGACACAAGCAGCUGCUCUGGUGACAAUGCAACCUACAACUUCGCCGGCGAUACCGACAUUUGCUACAACUUUUGCGAGUCUUUCGAUGUGGAGUCCUUUUUCAAGUUCUUUGAUAUCUUCUCUUACGCUCAAGCUUGAUCGAGUUAACUUUCUUGCCUAUAAAUCCCAAGUUGUUCCCACAGUCAUUGGACAUGAUCUUGAGGACAUUCUUUUUAGCAAUGUUUCUCCUCCGAUGACCCUUGUUACUCUUACUUUCUUGGCUUCAUUCAUCUAUAAAGGUAGUCUCGCCAUCUCUGACUAUGUUGAUAAAGUUAAAUCUUUGGUCGAUGCUUUGGCUAUAGCUGGUUCCAUUAUAAGUGAUCAAGAUAUAGUUCUGCAACUGUUGGAUGGUCUUGGUCCUGAAUUUGAUCCCGUUGUAUUGGGGAUUACUUCUCGAAGUGAUUUUCUUUCUCUUGAAGUUGUUCAGGCCUUAUUGAUGUCUCACGAGAGCCGUCUAGAGCGUCAUCAAGCCAUGAAUGACCUCUUGGUGAAAAUGUCUACCAAUCUUGCUUUUGGCUCCUCAAUAAAUGAUGGAUAUAGGUCCUAUCCCACCUCUGGUCGUGCACCAUCUUCUGAGUCUUUUUUAAGAUUUUUCUCUAGAGGUGGUUCUGAACAUGACUUCGAUUGUGAUCCUCAUGCCUACUUUAAUUCUAAAGUAUCAGAUUUUGGUGAUGAUGCAGCUUGGUAUGCUGAUACAGGUGCAACUAAUCAUGUUGCUUAUGGAAUGGAACAUUUGGAGUUUGCGGUUCCCUAUAAUGGCAUCGAAACUCUUACUGCUGGUAAUAGUAAAGAGCUUAUAAUUUCUCAUAUUGGUAAAUACAUCUUGCCCUCUCAUUCUUCCUCUCCUUUAAAAUUACGUUUUGUUCUUAAAGUGCUUUCAAUUACCAAAAAUCUUGUUAGUGUUUCUAAACUAGCACAAGAUAAUGAUGUUUUCUUGGAGUUUCAUAAAAAUUGUUGUUUGGUUAAGGACAAGAAAAUAGGGAUAGUCUUGCUCAAAGGACAUGUUAAAGAUGGAUUAUAA